ACGAGAGUCUCCACGGAACCGGAGGUGCUCUCUCGUGUAACAACGGCGGACCGACGGUAAUCAACAUAUCGCUUACUCUUCCGGUUUCGCGAGUGUAUCAGCGAUUUUAAACAUUUGUGCCUAAGGAGGAUCAAAUCCUCAAUCAUCAGGAUUCAUCAAAAGGACUCUGUUUCUCGGAUUUUUCCCUGUCAUCCCAAUUGUCUCUACACCGAUCCUUCUAAUAUCCCUCAUCUCUCUACGCACACGCUUUCUCUCUUUCUAUCUCUUUCUCGUUUCUAUUCCCGACUCUCUCACUCUCAUCCUCCCUCAGCCUCACGCUCAGCUGUCCCUCUCUCUCCGAAGCGCUACCUCUUCUCACUCCCUCUAUACCCCACUAUAUCACUCAUCCUCCAUCUCUCUCCUCGCCGGAGGCCGGACUGGAUUCUGUCGAAAAGAAACGACGUUUCGGAGGACGAUAGUCGCGACCGAUCAUAGCUGGCGCACCGAUCGGAUCAGCCAGGGACUGACGAAAGGAACUUCAAACGGAUAUUUCCUGGCUGAAUGUCUCAUACAUACCCCAAGAGUGACAACCUCGGAUCCAUUUCGUAAAGUUCGUGUACAGUGUCUUAACAGCUACAAACAAGUCCUUUGAGAUCGAGAGAUUCAACAACUGGAUGUUCUGUAUUAACCCCGCGAGGGAAACUGAUCUGUGAUUUGUGCAAGAGUGAGUGUCGAUCUGAUUAAUUGAAUAAUCUAGGUACUAAAUGGAUAGCUACCUGUUCAGUUUUGUGGAUGUAUUGCAUUAGUGGAUCCCAGUGGAACUGCGUAGACAAAGAUAUAGUGACCCUAGUUCCUUCAAUCAGUUAUGAUUAGUGUUUGUGAUUGAGCAAAAAAAAAAUACACGACGUAGAAUGAUGAUCGCGUAGCGGUGCCCGAACAUCACGGCCCUGAGCGGCCGACACACCAUGUCACAGUUCUCCUUCAGAGGAUCACCAAGUUUACAGUGUCCUGUGACAGUGAGCGCAUCGUUGGCAUCGUCACCUUCGCCGGCGUCGGCGCCGCUUUUGAGUGUCAGUAGUGCGUCUUCUUUGGGAAGCGCUCAUCCAUUGAAUAAUCCUAGUUUACAAACCGCGAGAAUGGCUGUGACGAGUGCAGUGGUCCGACCCCCUGGAAGUCCGACGACUUCCGUCAGUCCGUCUCAACCCCAUCCGCCUCCGUCGGCUGGUGGUCCACCGGGUGGAAGAUGCUGCGACACUGGUCGACCAAUUUAUACCGAUCCGUUGACGGGAAAUACCGUGUGCUCUUGUCAAUAUGAACUUCUUGGUGGUUAUCAACGACUUGGUGGUAUUCCAACCGCGGCAUUGUCCAUGUACAGUGCACCUUAUGCAGCUGCAGCUGCGGCGGCAGCAUCCGAAGGAAUGGCUGCCUACUUCCCCGGGUUGGCUGAGCAAGGUCACUUCUACACCCCAACUGCUGCUGGACUCGAUUUGAAAGAAAACCUAGGCGCCGGAGCAGCGGCGUGGCCUUAUCCAUCGGUUUAUCCGCAUCCGUACGAUGCGGCCUUUGCGAGUUAUCCCUUCAACGGAUAUGGAAUGGAUUUGAAUGGGGCGAGGCGGAAAAACGCAACCCGCGAAACGACAAGUACCCUGAAGGCUUGGUUGAACGAGCACAAAAAGAAUCCGUAUCCGACUAAGGGAGAAAAAAUAAUGUUAGCAAUUAUUACGAAAAUGACCCUCACUCAGGUGUCUACGUGGUUCGCUAAUGCCCGACGGCGACUGAAGAAGGAGAACAAGAUGACGUGGGAACCGAGAAAUAGGGUGGAAGAUGAAGACAAUAACAAUGACGAUGAUGACAGUGGGAGGAAAAGCGUGGAUGAGAAAGAUCGAUUAGAUUCGAAAGACUCAGGUACGGGAUCAAGUGAAGAUGGUGAUCGACCAGCUCAUCGUAUGGAUCUUCUGCACGCGUCUGGAGGACCUGGCGGUUUUCCUGUGAAGGCGGAAAGUGAGUGGAGUGAGUCGAGGGCUGAUAGUGGUCCGGAUAGUCCCGAGUGUCUCUUUGAUCAAAGGGAACCAAGGCAUCCAAUGCAACUCCAGCAUCCGGCAUACCUAGCGUCAUCCAGGCUGCUGCGCCAUCCAUCCCCUGAAGCAACCUCUCCAGGAAGUCAUCACAUACCACCCAGUACGAGCGCCUCGUCAACCGGAAGCGCUACCACCAAACCCAGAAUCUGGUCCCUGGCUGACAUGGCCAGCAAAGAUGGUGAUCAGCCUAGUCCAAAUUCCGCGAGUCUGAUGUCCUCCUACAAUUCAUCAGGUGGUGGAGGAGGUGGAGGUGGAAAAAUUGUGAGUCCCCUUGCGAGUAGACUGCCACCUCAUCACCCCCUUCAUCCGGCGAUGCAUCAUGGAUCCCAAUUCGUCAGACCUCAUCCGGACUUCUACAGAAAUUUCUACGGUUCGCCACAUCUCGGCUCAGGGGACAUGUCUCUCCUUGAAACUUAUUCGAGGACUCUUGGAGGCCUGAGUGGUGCGCCAGGAAUGCUGACCUCCACCUCCUCUUCCUCUGACGUGAAACCUUUUCCUCCGGAGGUAAAACCUUUUCCUUCGGAAUUAAAACCUUUUCCCGGAGAUGCUAAAUCCUUUUCCCCGGACACAAAACCCUUUUCCCCGGAUUCUAAAUCUUUUUCCGGGGACGUUAAACCCUUCUCGAUGAAUGGAGGAUCCGGCAGCAGACCUUCAGGUGGUGUUUUGACAUCCUCUUCGGGAGUCUCACCCUCGUCUUCGUCUUCGGCAUCCUCGGCCGGAUCCGACCAAUCACCUCAUCCGAGUGGCGGUCAUCCGCCGUCGGAAUUGAAGUCUCCUGGACGAGUGUGAUUCCACUAGUGAACUGUUGAGGUAUUCGAAAGACAGUUAUCAUGACAAUAAGAGACUAUAAAUUUGUAAUUAGUGUACAGAAUGCAAUCCCUUUGAUUCUCUCCCAGAGAAGAUUUGCCCUGCUGCUUCCAGAUAAAAAUGAUAUAAAAAGGAUUGAGAGUAGUGAAGUCCAGAAGUAGUGAAGUUAUCGAAAUACCUUUAGAUAGUGUCGUAUAAAUAUUAUACAUACAUACAAAUAUACAUAAUUAUUAAUAUUAUUUAUGCGUUUGUAAAUAGUAGGUCUGGACUGUCCAGCCAGUGUAUGUAUUGUAUGUAGAGUAGUGUGAUAAUUAUUGAAUUGAUAAUGAUAAAAUAAUUAUUAUUGUAAUAAUUAUUAUUAUAGAGUAUAAUAAUUAUUAUUGUAUCUGAAAUCCUAAUUCAUACUAACGAUCGAUGACGAUUAUUAUUACGACAGUGAUGAUUAUUAUGAUUAUUAUUAUUGUUAUUGCAAUGUUUAUAAUAUUAUCGAUUCACGUCAACUCAGUCGGUCAUGAUGAGAUAUGGAUCGUUGAUCGCUGCGGCACUUUGCGAGUCAAAUCACUUUCGAUUGAUACGAUUAACGAGUAUUUUAGGCUUUUAAUUGAAAAGUGUUUAAUGGCGGACACUUUUUUUUAUCGUGAUCGAGAAAGGAUUUGUUGCUUUUAAUCGAUAGAGAAUCGACUCGCAAUCUGCCUCAAUUAAUCGUACUUCCUAUUGCGUCGCACCUUCUCGAUGAUUGGACGAAUAUUGUAGAGUCUAUUAAGGUCUUUUUAGACAAAGAGGCUGUGACGCAAGGAUUGUCUACAUAUCAUGUCAUGUCGUGAGUGAACGAUCGCCAUCACCUUUUAGUCAUUCGUGUCCAAAUUUCAUCGUUUACCUGCCGAUACCACAUUGGCAGCGGCGGGUGGCCUCUGUCCUUUCGCAAUAAACGAAUCAUUAUGAAAUCAUUAAA